UGUUCCGCACUAUAGCGUGCCCUACUGUGUCGUGUUGUAUUCAAGUAAACAUUUCUUUCACUUUCGUUGUUCACUUGAAACAAAAUACUCUCACAUUUUUUAAUUCUUGCGUUUAUCGUUAUUUUAACACAGAAAAGUUUUAUUAGCUAUCGUUCGUUAACACGUAGAAUGGAGGCACUUGCAACGGCAGUGUCGAGGCCAUGGAAUAGUUCAAAGAUGACUAGCAAACACGACGAUAGCCCUCCAAAGAAAAAGCGGAAGAAGAGUACAGAAGUUGUUGUUGGCCAAAAAAAUCCUGUCAUGGUUUUAAAUGAAAUAAAACCAAAUAUUGAGUAUGACAUCGCAGCAUCUGGACCACCCCAUGCAAGAAUUUACUCUGCCUCAGUCACCGUUAAUGGGAAAACCUACACAGCAGAGGAUACCACAAAAAAGAAGGCUAAGGCCAGAGUUGCACAAAUGAUCCUUCUGUACUCUGUUCAACUAAAAGACCCCAGUGUUAAAGCUCCUUUGAUGGAAGAAGUAGUCGGGGAAGUAGAAGAUUUUAGCAAAGAUCUCUCAGAGGUAGUUUGUGACUCUGAAGAUUUUUUUUAUUUUGAAUCAGCUGUUACACAAAAAGUUAAAGCAUUGCCAUUGUCAGCCACCAACAAUGCUGAUCAAGCAAAAAGUAAUCCAGUAUUCUAUCUCAAUCGCCUGAAGCCAGGAGUUAAAAUCGAAAUAGUUAAUGAGGCAGGAAGUCCUCAUAUGCCCAUUUAUACUGCAAGAGUUGUGAUUGAUGACCAGACCUUUGAAGGAACUGGUUCAAGCAAAAAGCAAGCCAAGAAUGAGGCUGCUCAAACGGCAUUGCAAAAGGCUUUUAACUUAGAACGCACGAAUCCGCCUAAGGCGUCCACCUCAUCAACGAUGUCAUUAGACAAACCUUCGGAGCUUGAGUUUGGAGAUUUCAUAGCAAGGCAAAUUGAGAGCACUUAUCAAAAGAUCAUGAAGGACGAGCAGCCUAGCGUGUCACGUUACAAAGUUCUGGCAGGAGUAGUCAUGACUGUUGGACCGACUGCAGAUGGAGCAACAGUUAUAUGCGUCACUACCGGAAGCAAAUGUAUUAACGGUGGACAACUAAGUAUGGAGGGUGAAGCCCUAAACGAUUGCCAUGCAGAGGUGUUGGCUCGACGAGGUUUGGUCAGUUUCCUUUAUGACCAAUUAAACACCUUCAAUAGUAACCCUUCCGAAUCCAUCUUUGAGCGUUCAAAUGGAAAUAGUUUAAAACUGAAAAAUGACGUUCUCUUCCAUCUAUACGUCAGCUCCGCCCCUUGCGGAGAUGCACGCAUUUUCACACUUAAUGAAUCACUUGCCUCCCCUCUUGAAGACCUCCAUCCCAAUCGCCAAGGACGAGGCGCACUUCGCACCAAAAUAGAAUCUGGAGAAGGAACGGUUCCGGUUAACGAAUCCGCUAUACAGACAUGGGACGGUAUCCUUCAGGGUGAGCGACUUUUAACCAUGUCUUGUUCUGAUAAACUCGCGCGGUGGAAUAUUGUCGGCGUUCAAGGAUCUGUUUUGUCUAAUAUAAUUGACCCCAUCUACUUCCACACAAUUGUGGUUGGCAGCCUAUACCACCAAGUCCAUUUACGAAGGGCUCUCAUAGGAAGAAUUGAGCACCUUCAGGGCCUUCCAUCUCCGUUCAUCUUCUCGCGGCCUGUUCUCUCGACCAUAAGCACACCACCUGACCGCUUACCGGCGAAAUCUCCAAAAAACAGCGUCAUUUGGAUUCAAGGCUGGCCAGAGCAUGAAGUUGUUGAAAUUAGCAAAGGAAAAUUAUUGGAUGGAUCGCCAUCGCGUUUAUCGAAGCGGCACUUCUUCUACCGUUUUGUUGCACUGGCCUGUGCAAAUGUUGAGCAUCGAUCUCUGUUACAGAAACACGUCAAAAACGGUCAUGUGACUUACUUAAGCCUGAAACAAGCAGCUCAAGCGUUUGGGGAGGCAAAAGAGAUGCUUCAAUCAUCACUUGUGAUCGCCAGACUGGGACAAUGGAUUAAAAAGCCUCUGGAACAAGACAGUUUUGAAAUUCCUUUUGAUGGAAGCCAAUUGGUAUUUAGCCAACAUUCUCAUCCCGACCGUACCCCAAGUUCUCCCGAUUUCUAGUUCACGGUCAAAUCUUGUUUCUUUCUUUUUGAAAAUCCUCCUGCUAUCAUGACCUGUCUGAUUCGAUCUGGUAUUAACUAGAGAAAGUUUUUCGCUUAA